UGUAAAUAUUGGAUUUAUAAUUUUUUGUUAAUAUCAACUCAAAUGACAAGUAUUAAAUAAAAUUCAAUUUUUAUCCUAUUAUCAGUAUCUUCAGCUAUAAAAUGGGACUCUUUGGGAAAAGUGAGCAAAGGACCCCAAAAGACCAGGUUAGGACUUGGAAUUCAGCAUUAAGGAAAGAGCAAUUUCAGUUAGAUCGUCAGAUUAGAGCUAUUCUUCGUGAAGAACAAAAAGUUAAAAAGUCACUGCAGGAUGCUGCCAAAAAAGGGGAUGUUGAUGUGUGUAAGAUCUUGGCAAAGGAAGUUAUUAGAGCUCGUAAAGCAAUCAACAGGAUACAUACAUCAAAAGCACAGAUAAAUUCAGUCAUGAUGAGCAUGAACCAUCAACUUGCUACAUUAAGAGUAGCUGGCUCAUUGGAAAAAAGUACUGAAGUUAUGAAAAGUAUGCAAAACCUUGUAAAAAUACCAGAAAUAUCUAGAACUAUGCAAGAUUUAUCCAAAGAAAUGUGCAAAGCUGGUAUAAUCGAAGAAAUGAUGGAAGAUACCUUUGAAGGUCUAGAUGACCAAGAUGAUUUGGAAGAAGAAGCACAAGAAGAAGUGGACAAAGUUCUAUGGGAGCUAACUGCAGGACAACUUGGAAAAGCUCCUGCAGCGGUAUCAGAAUUACUACCUGAUAUGGAGAAAGAAAAAGUUUCUGUUCCUUCGGCCAGUGCAUCAGCUGAUGCAGAUUUUUCGGAUAUGCAGGAACGGUUAGAAGCUCUUAGAAGUUAACUUUCAUACACUUUCCUUUUUGCAACAAUUUGAAACCGACUUAAUUUGUAAAAGUUUUGAAUAACUUGUUUGAUUAAGUUUUGAGGUUUUUUAAAAGUAUCUUACUUAUUCUGGGGCUUAGAUUUCACCAUUAGUAGUUCCAUUUUCUGUUUAAUUACUUUUUUUGUUCAAGCACAAAAAGUUUCUUUCCUUUUAGACUUGACGUUGUAGAAAUCAAUGAAUUAUAUUUUGAAAUAUAUACAUAAAAAUUAUGCAAAAUGUUAGUAAGAAUAACUUAUAUUUUGAAAUAUGAAAUACCUUUCUAAUUGUGAGAAUGUUUCUGCUUUAUAAGUUUACAGUGAAACUUCUCUGGAGCAACGCCUCUCGACUCCUGAAAAAAGUUGUGGUUAACCCCUUAACGAUCAAAUAAUUUUCAAGAAAACGGUCAUUAAAGUGUCUAUUUUUUUAUUUAAGAAAAUUAUAUGAAAAUAAGGUGUAUGUAUAACA